AGGUGGACGUUGUGGAGAAAUGCCCCGAUAAGACUGAUCGCGACCCUGAGACAGUUCGGUACCCUCGUAUAGUGAAGAAGGAGGUUGCCACAGGCAAAGCACAGACAUGGCUGGGUGACACCCAGUGUACGGUUCCUGAUUCGAGAGCUGUUUCUGAAGCAUCAGCCGUCGAUCCCGCCGAUGAUGUGGAAACAGUCCCAGAUACCAUGUCGAGAAAAAAAUCGGCCCGGAAAGUUCAAUCGGCGACAGAUACAGUCCGAAAAGUUCAGUCGAAGACAAACAGAAAGUAA